UAACCAAGCCGUGAAUAUAGUAGAAUGUAUGAUGUAUGAUGUAAUGAAUGUAGCAGAAUUUCCAAUCAAAGGGAAUCAAUCACCUUUAGGAUGUUACUAGUUACAUACGUUUUGAUUACUAACAUAUAAAUUUAAUAAAUGGUGUUUGUAAUUAACAUAACAUAAUAAAUAGUGUUUGUGUUUAUUUUUCAAUUAGUGCGCAAUGAAAGGAAACGAAAUGUAUAUUGUUUUAUUGCUCGUUAUAAAAAUUGUGGUCGCCACAGAUCUAGAUUGCGGAGUCGUACCCCUAUCUCAAUGGGGCUCAACGCCCUUGAACAAUCCAGUGAAUUUGUCAAAGCCAGUACACAUAGUAGUCAUUCAGCAUACGGUCACGGGCCAAUGCUUCGCUGACGAAUCCUGUGUGAAGCUUCUGAAUAAUGUUAGGAAACAACACGUUGAUAUGCUGGAGUUCUCAGAUAUUGGCAAUUCUUUCUACAUCGGCAGUAACGGAAAGGUGUAUGAAGGUUCCGGGUGGCACGUCGGCGCGCACUCAAAGGGGCUUAAUAGCAAAUCCAUUGGUUUAUCCUUCAUUGGGGAUUUUAGGGAGGAGUCACCAACUGAGCAAGCAUUGCAAGCCGCUAAGGACUUCCUGGAUUGUAGUGUUAAAAACCAUAACUUGUCUGACGACUACGAUCUUGUGGGACACGGUCAAGUGGCAUCGACAAUUAGCCCUGGGGCUAAACUACAAAGCCUUAUAGAAACAUGGCCGCAUUGGCGGCAGAAUAUAUCUAUGUAG